AUGCGCAACGGAUGGGUCUCGAAUGCCCCAUUCACGCUCAACGGAACGAACAUAUCCGAAUGCACCAGCUACGUUCAUCUGGGUCGGGAAUUGAACAUGAUGAAUGACCCGACCCCCGAGCUGGAGAGGAGGAGACGAGCGGAUUGGGGAGCGUAUAAGAGCAUCGAGGGUGUAGCGAAGAAGACCAGGAACAUUCGGCUCCGUGCUCACCUCUUCAACACAACCGUACUUCCUGCUCUGACCUAUGCUUCGGAAACCUGGGCAUUUCGCAAGCAGGAGGAAAACGCGGUGAGCGUCAUCGAACGUGCAAUUGAGAGAGUGAUGCAGGGAGUUCCCGUUUCAAGCAAGAAGUUCUCGAAAACCUUGCGAAGAAUGAGUUACUUCCUACCUCCAGGAGGUUCUCCUUCACCUGGUGAUCCUCUUCCUCCCCCCCCUCCACCGGCACCACCACCACCAGCGGGGGAUGCGCCACCACCACCAGGUCCAUCACCAGGAGUACCACCAAAUUCACCGUUCUCACAGACACCCACAUCUAGAAAACCGCAGACUCCCGGAAAGAAAUCGAAGUUCCGAUUGUUCGGUAGAGGCAGGUCUAAAAGUGUCAAAAGUACCAAUUCAGAAAAGGAUCCUUUAUUGAGUGGCAAAACAAAGGCGAAAACCCCUACACUGAAAAAGUUGCUUAUUGUCGUGAUAGUCCUGCUUGUCAUCGUCGUUAUCUUCACAACUGUCAUUCUACUACACGUUUUGGAAGUUUUAACCGUUGUGCAAAGCCUCCUACCGUACUACUGCCCUACAAAAUAA